AUGUGCUCAUGCAUCUUUCCACCCCCAAAUUACAGGUCCACUCCUGUUAAUGCACUGCUUGCGAAUGCUUUGGAUCUCUCAGCACCUGCCAGUGAUGCACUACUGACUCCGAGAAAGAAUGCCUGGGUACAGUUGGCUGGACAUGCUGGAUUCUUUGCCCCAGCCAGUCCUGUUACAAUUUGGAAGCGUCAAACAGUGGAAAAGAACAAUGAAACGAACGCUUACAAGAGCUUCCAAGAGGAUGCUAUCAAAAGCUUUGUUCCCAAGUUUUACAGAGAAGUUGUCUUCAAUGGUGAAUUGUUUAUAGAAAUUGAAGACCUUCUGCAGAAUUUCACUGACCCAUCCAUCAUGGACAUCAAGAUGGGGACCAGAACGUUUUUAGAAUCUGAAGUGUCAAACACAAAGCUUCGAAAUGACCUCUACUUGAACAUGAUGAAGAUGGACCCCAACGAACCAACUGCACAAGAACACACGGACCAGGCUAUCACUAAACUGAGAUACAUGCAGUUCAGAGAGAAUCAAAGUUCAUCCAGCGGCCUAGGUUUCAGAAUAGAUGCUGUGAAGAUGGCAGGCAAAGCGCCUCUGUUGGAUUGGAAAAAGAUCAAAUCAGUUGAACAGGUAUCCAUGGCGUUCUGCAAGUUCUUCAAUUACAGACGUUUUACCUGUUUGUCUGUUCUGAGAAGGCUUAAAGAUCUGAGGAAACAUUUCGAAGCUUCUAAAUUUUUCAAAUCUCAUGAGGUGAUUGGCAGUUCUUUACUGAUUCUCCACGACGCAACAGGUCGUACAGGUGUCUGGAUGAUUGACUUUGCCAAAACAACCCUCGCGCCAAACAACAAAAAACUGACUCACCGAUCGGCCUGGGAGUUUGGUAAUUUUGAAGAUGGGUACCUUUUCGGUUUAGAUAGCUUGAUUCAGACGUUGGCGGACAUAAGCGUUGAGUUAACCGUUCCCUCGUCGCCUGUCAGGAAUGACUGCACACUGAAUCACGUUUAA